CACAUGCAAGGAAAAGUUCUAUGUCGUUGACGUCAGUUGACUCAGCCUGUACACUUCUCACCAACAACCGUAUAUAACUGUCCCGAAGAAUUAGUUUCACUCAUAACUCCGCUGCUGUUUGUUUUCGAGUACGAGUGUGAACUGCCCGACAAUUAAUACCACUUUGUGGAAUGGCGUGGAUUUGUGUGAUAACGUUGUUUGCUUUGGCUUCUAGUACGUUGAGUAAUAAAGUUAGUAGAGUGGGGAUCAUCUUUCCUAAGACACAGAACGAUAAUAAACAGUGUACAGCAAAAGGUGGAUUAAAAGGGUCCUGCAAGUCCCUCACAGACUGUCCUGCUGUCUUGGCUACGUUGAAGGAUAGUUUCCCUGUCGUUUGCUCUUGGAAUGGUCGGUUUCAGCCUAUUGUAUGUUGUCCUGAUGCAGCAGCACCAAGUGUAACCACAACAGUUACAACUAUUGUCCCUACAAAAGAAACAAAGAUUCCAAGAUUACAUAUACCAGGUUGUGGAAAAAGAAAAGUAAAUGUAGAUAUUACAACUAUUGGACGUUCGGGGUCACCAAUACUUCCUCCCAUAUCUACUUCUCAAGAUUUGAAGGGUGGGAGAGGAAUCAUUGCUGGAGGUGUAGAAGCUAAAAUUGGCGCCUGGCCUUGGAUGGCAGCUGUUUUUGUGAAAAAUUUUGGCAUUGGCAGAUUCCAUUGUGCUGGUAGCAUAAUCAGUAGCAAGUACAUUUUGUCUGCUGCCCACGCUUUCCUCAUUGGAGGUCGAAAGCUGACCCCAACUCGCUUAGCUGUCCGCGUAGGAGGCCACUACGUAAAGAUGGGUCAAGAAUAUCAUGUGGAAGAUGUGAUUAUCCAUCCUGACUACGUAGAAAGGGAGAAUUACAAUGAUAUUGCUAUCAUUGUGUUAAAAGAGGAACUGAAUUUUACUGAUUUGGUCCGUCCAAUCUGUCUCCCUGACCCAGAGGCAGUAACAGAUUCAUUAAAAGGCAGAAGGGUGACAGUAGCUGGAUGGGGUGAUCUGGAUUUCGCCGGUCCACGAAGUCAAGUUCUGCGCGAGGUUAGUAUCCCCGUUGUUCCAAUCGGUGACUGUAACAAAGCCUAUCAGAAGCUCAACACCCUUGCUCUUAAAAAUGGGAUAACGAAAAAGUUUAUUUGUGCUGGAUUGGAAGAAGGUGGGAAAGAUGCUUGUCAAGGCGAUUCUGGUGGACCGUUGAUGCUAGUGAACAAUAGUAGUUGGAUAGUGACGGGAGUGGUGUCGUUCGGACACAAGUGUGCCGAAGAGGGAUUUCCUGGUGUGUACACGCGUGUAGUGAGUUACCUAGAGUGGAUCGCGAAGGUUACGAACUCGUUAGACCAGACAGUCACUAACUGACUUUACGUUAAACAACAAAAGAAAGGCACCGGCAUUUUGUUGUGAUGAAAUUCCGUCAAAAUGUGCCUUUGAACUUGUAAUACGUAUUUUCUUCACAUAUCUGAAAAAUACACUGUUCAAUUUUAAGACACUAGAUGGCGCUAAUGCUCUUUAUUAUUGCAUUAGUUGCCAUGUUCAUUUUAAACAAAGAAAACGUUUAUAGCACCUAUAAACUUAUUAACAGUUAUUGAUAACUGUUUCAAAUUAUUUUUACAAGGAGUUUUGUGCGUGUCCUGCUUUUUUUUAGACUUUAGCUUUGACAGUUUUGAAUGAACAUUUUAAAAGAGAUCUUUAUUUCUUUUUUUAAAAAAAACAUUGUUCUAGGCUACCGUGUAAAUACUAUACAUAUAAUACUUUCCUGGUUCUAUCAUAAAUUAUAAUACCAGUAAAAUGUAUGCCUCGUUUUGAAUAGUUAUUGAGUGUGAAUUUUGAAAAAAAAA